AUGGGCCUUAACGGAGGAGCCGCGGCAUCGGUUGACGGCGGGCCGUGCGCGGGGUCGUGUGCGCAGGGGUACUCGGUGGACCUGGAGGCGCUGCGCGGGCGGCUGGAGGCGGCGGUGGAGCGGCGCGCGCGUGGCGAGCUGGUCGAGCGGGGGCCGCGGGGGGCGCGCGCAGAGAGCCCGGAGAGCGCCGAGAGCCCCCGCUCCGCGGCGCCCGCGCGCGCGCCCGCGCUGGGCCGCUUCGUGGGGCGAGUGCGCAAGGGCGCGCAGGCCCUCGCCUCCGCCACCGGAUUCCACAUACGCAAAAUUACAAGUCAGACCGACGUGUCCACCGAAGAAACAGAAAAGAAAGUACCCUCAAGAGACGAUGGACCGGGAAAUGAAGCUGCGAAGAAGAUUCCCAGCAGGCAACUCUUGUUAACUGAUGACCCUUCAUCCUCAAGGGCAGCUCCCCCGCCCUCGCAGAUGCUGUCACCGGAACCCCUGGAGGAAGUGGCGCCCCGCGGGGCGGCUUCGCUGCCGCGCGCCUCGCUCUUCCCCAGCUCCACGGAGGACGAGCGCAGCCCUUCGGCGUCGCCGCCAGUCCCGCUCGCCACGCUCGCCACGCUCGCCCCGCCCAUCAGCGUCCGCCCCCGCCCCAGCCCCCGCCUCUUCCCCCUCCUCGUCCGCGCCUUCCCCCUCCCCCUGCCCCCGCCCGCCCCCGUCCCCGCCAAGAAGAGGGUGCUCUUCGCGGAGCAGCACGCCGAGUACCUGCUAGAUAAAAGUAAUUCUUCAAAUUCCGGUGAUGCGAAUAUUCCUACUGCAAAUAUUCCUCAAACAGUUACGCAGCUCUCACGAUCCAACACCUCCAUCAACUCAGACACCAGCGAUGAUUGGGAUGAAGAUUCAGAGUGCGUUGCCGCAUUGCGAGGCCUGCAGAGCGGGAGGAAGACGGAGAGCAGAAGCACGCAAGGCGAGGAGGCGGCUGAGACGUCGGACGAAGACGAUUGGGCGCAGGUGAGGAUCUGUGAGAGGGCCCGUUUGUGUCUUCCGCAUCUGCAGCACCUCUGGCUGGAG